CAACAGGAAAAAUUAAACAGGAAUCAACUUCAGAAUCGCGGAAAGAGUAAUCUUGGUGUGGUCCACGUUGUCUUUGUUUUGAACCGACGGAAUUAUAUUCUCAGUAUUUUUUAAAAGAGGAACAAAAGUGGCAUCUUUAAACAAACAAAAAUAAGUACAUUGAUGACUGGUUGGUUGAUUUUUUUUCCGUUUUGAUUCCUCAAACUAGCAAGGACGUUUUUUUUUUUUGUUUUUUUUUGUUUUUUACAUUUUAGUGUCUUUCUCCGAUUUAUGAAACACGAACUACGCGAACUACGGUGAUCUGGCGUUAUUAGUAACUGAGGGUCAGAGGAAAGGACAGCCAAGAAAAUCCGCUCAUGAUGUCCAUGGAUUAUGUAACUCCCCUACUGCAGAACAAGAGACGAGGCGAGGGAGACCACGGACAGAGGGAAAGGGAAUGCCGAUCGAAAAGAGUGUGCGCCGGACUGGGAAGAAGUGUCCAGGUUGAGUAUGGUGCCGUGACAGACUGUCGGGUGUCAUGGGAGCCUCCGCGAGUCAGUCCUCCAAACGUGCUUGGAGCUCAGGGUGGCAGUGUUCAGCACUGUUGCUCCAGAUGCUUCGCAGGAGAGUCGGGCCAUAUAAAUCAUAUCACGCAGAGAUAUUGAUCAUGAAGUCAGGCGGUGGUGGAGAAAGAAGUUGCAGCAGGGGACUGAAGAGACCAGGCCAUGCGGGGAGGAGAGGUGUAGCCUGCACUCCAUCCAGUCCAGAUGGCACUACGCUGUGUACCUCAGCUGCCUCUGCUCCACACAAGUACUGUACUGCUCCAUGAUAAAGCAGUUUAUGGUUUGUAUUAGCACUGAUGUGACUGAGUUAAUGGAAAGGCUAAUUGUGGGAAGGAAAUGAAAACUAAUUUCAUGGUUUUACAUUCAGCAUGAAUGGUGAGUUUGAUACUACUACAGUGUAGUUUGUAGUUAAUUCCACCCCUGUGAUUUACAGAAAGCUGUAGGAAAUGACAUGCCUACGUUUGGGAUGCUUUUUCUCUUUAGCACAGGCUAAAUGCUGUUGUGUGGAGAUGCACACCAUAUCUUGAUUUUCCCCAAAACAUUUCAUACCAACAAAUUCAGACCAUUUUGGUCAUUGAUUCUGUAGAUUACUAUACAUUUUGUGAAAUCUGAGGAGAUUUUCACGUUUCUAACAGAUUAUGUACAAUGGUUUAUCCCUUUGUAAAAUCACUCGUGGUUGAAAUCUUUAAAUAAUUGAUACAUUUGCACUAAAUUAAAACUAUAGUGUACAAAUAUCAGUACUCAUAUAUAUAUAUAUAUAUAUAAAGUGCAAAUAAAUGUACUGAGUUUUUAAACCUUUCACUGACAGAAUUAGUUGUAAAGAUUGAGUGCUUCAAAACAUGUGCUAGUAGCUUUUUUGUUAUAUGUAUUUUUUUU